CUGGAAGCACAAAGACAUUGCAAUGGAACAAAACGUCAGCGCUUGAAAAUCUGGAAACAAAAGUCUAGAAGCGAAGGAAAUGAAGAUUUUAAAAUCAACAUUGGGAGUAAUGUGGUACGGCAUGCUGUAAAAUGCUGUUGUAAGAGAGAUUGGAAUAUUCAACUGAAAUGCGCUUUCGGCCUCCUGCACUGCGUACAAACUUUUCGCACGUUGCACUUCAGCCGAAGACAGGCCGGCGCCGACUUUUGGCAACCCUUCGCUCUGGAAGUGCCUUCCGGCUGUGAGUGCAUGUGGCCGGUCGAAGAAUUUGGGUCGCUGAAUCGUCGUAACGAGUUAUGA